AAAUGACAUUCCAACCUUCACGAGACGAGAGACUAGACCCAUCCCGAGCUUAGACGAAUUGAUCUUUUUCUCCAAUUUUCUUACAGCAUUAAUUAUUCAUUUGUUUUGUGAUGAAUGAAAUGACAGGAAACAAUGUUCUAUCGUUUGUGUCGUGGUCGUUUAAAAUUCAAAUUGUACGCACUUAUAGUAAUAUUCGCUGUGAUUUCAGCCUGCAGUUACCUAUUCCCACAGUUUAGUUUUUAUCCUAUCGCGCCUGUGACACUACCACCAAAUGCUUUGCACGGUCGCACAUCUCGUCAUUUAUCAAAAUUAAUUACCGUGGUGUUCCGUCAGUUCGAAGAUUUUGAGAACGAUGUCGCAGAUAGUGUCCAGUCAUUCGUCUCGGCAUUUCCGAAUAUGCCAGUACUUAUCGUGUGCGAAAAUACACCGUAUCCCCCAUUCCCGUUUUCAGCGACCAAUGAGACUCUCCGUAAUGUCAAAGUGCUGCCUUUGGAGUUAAAAUUAGAUGCUUCACCGCAGGAUCUUAAUCCUCUGUCACAUAUAUUGACACAGUUUGUGUUGUUUGUGCCCGAUUCUGUUAGAGUUUCUCGUAAAGUUUUGCAACAAGCGGCCACUGCAGCAGCAGCAGUUCCUUCUCAAGCUGUAGCUGUUGCUGUAGGUAGUGCUCACUUGAUAUGCCAGCAAGUGAAGUGGAACUAUGUUGAUUGGACUCUCCAGUACAACAAAGAUGCAGGCAAGCUGUGUGAUGCUGUGCAUGGACCACAUGCUUUGUUGAUCAAGACAUCUUUACUGCAAACAUUGCCUCAACCUUUUACACAGCCAUUUCCUGAGGCACUGUACUUGCAGACUACUGUGAAAAAUGUGAAGGUGCAAAUUCUUGAUGGAAAGCUGGCAUCGGGGCGGAGUGUAUUGAAGUCUCCUGGAGCCAAGCAGAGGGUAGCUCGGCGUGUAAGAGAUUACAGAGUAGCGUUGUACAAGCAGCUUGGUGUGAAAGCAUUGUUGAGGGAAGAUGGAAGGGUCCAGUGGUUUGGGUGUAAGAGGGAAACACAGCGAUGCUACCCAUCAGUGCAAGGCACGCCGUCGUACGUAUUAUCGGGCCGCCACACGCCGCCGUGCUGCCGCCGCAACCUGCGCCGCGUGAGUGCGCACGUGCUGCGCGUGCUGCUGCAGGCUGGCGCGCGCUGCUGGCUCGAGACCACUUCCCUACUCGGCGCCGUUAUGCGCAACGACAUCCUGCCCUGGUCAGAGUACAUAGAAGUGGGCAUCCAGGCGUCGGACGUGUCGCGGGUGUCGUGGCUGGGGCGCGGCGGCACCGACGCGGACGGCUUCGUGUGGGAGCGCGCCACCAGGGGGCACUACUAUAGAGUCGCUUUCUCACCCGCCAAUAGAGUUUACGUUUUGGUGUUGCCGUUCAUUGCUAAAAAUGGUACCAUGUGGCCGGCGGAUUGGGUUUUGUCACACCAAAAGGAAUUCCCUGAAAGGCAUUUGCACCCUCUUGCUCAGAUACAUUUCGCCGGCCACCAAGCACCGGCACCCAACGACGCCCGCGCGUUCUUGGACCACAAGUUGGGAGCCGGCGCCGUGGAAAGAUGCAGCCAUUUGGGACCCAAACUGUUGUACCCGUGAAUCUCUUGUAUAUUUUCAAAAUUUAUAAUACCUAUUCACAUUUGCGACGUUUCUCAAGAAAAGGAACCUUAUGAAGAGCAGUCGCUUGCGACUUUUAUUAUGUACAUCUAUAAUAAAAAUGAGCAAAUGAAACGUCUCAAGCAACUUCCUUAUGGAGAUAAGGCGUCUUAUCUCGUGGAACGUCACAUUUUAAACUAAGUAUUUUAAAAUGUGACGUCACUUCGGUAUGGUGUGUACGAAUUUCACAAUAACUUAUGAAAUACUCUGGCAGUUGAUGUAGUGUGUACAAUUUGUUUGUAAGAAAUAUGGAAGGAGAAAAUUAUAAAAUAUAUUUGAAAGAAAAUUUCGAUAAAAAGGAAUUUUCCUUUUCUCUUUUAUUAAGUAUUAAGUCGUGAAUUAACGAUCACUUUUAGUUGUAAUUGAUUUUUAAGAACAAAAUAAUUUUUGUUAGGUCUACUUGUUAUCACAACACUGCCACCUGUGGACUAGAACGAUAUUUUACAUACUUAAAUCUGAAUUUAGUAAUCACUAUUGUUAACUUGUCACAUUUUUAUAAUAUUUGUAUUUAUAAAUAGUAUUUAGCUAAUAUAAUAGCACCCCUAUACUAUAGCUAAACGUGUCCUUCGGGUUCCGCACCUGUGUGACACUGAAACUGUGACUUUGAAAAGUAUUAUGUAUUUACUUAUGAGAUACUAUAUUUCGGCUUAGAUACUAUUUUGCGGAUAUAUAGUCAACCUGUGUCUUAUGUAUUUUAUGCAGGCUAUGCACUAUCGUUAAACAGUUCGCUGAAUUUUGUGGUUUCGACGUACAUUGCCGGUAAUUCGCAUACGUAAGGCACCUGUCAAAGUUCGUAUAUUAGUAUAGUAUGUAGGAAUUAUUAUGUAUUUGUACUUCAUAUUAUUUUUUUAUCGUCAAAAAGUCAGGAAUCUAUUUUGUAGUCUAGAGUAAUAUUAUAAUUAGAGUAAUUUGGCGCUUGCUGUCUAUGUGAUUUUGAAAUAUAUUUAGAAAAAAAUCUGUUUAUUGCAGACGUUACAAAUUUUAUUGUAUUAUAAAAAAGUUCAAAUAUAAACACGUUAUUAUAAUUUCUAUAGCAAUCACUAUGUUAUUUCAGAUCUCAAAGUAUUUCUAGUCAAUGUACGUAGCAAUAUGUAAUUUUAGUCAUGUAAUGACUUAAAAAUUGUUGAAAAAUUAAGGAUUUAUUCGUAUUAGUAGUAUGUUUUAUGUUAAGUAAAAAUUUUUUCUAAGAUUUGCACAAAAUCUGAUGUUUGUUUUCGUGAUUAGUGUUAAAUUAUGGUUAUUCAUUUAAAGCU